AUGCACGUAUCGCGCCGUGCAGGUGUGCGAAUCGUGCACCAAGUACGCGCGUUUCAAAGCCGACGGAGCGUGCAUGCUGAGCAGCGCGAUGUGGACUGGGAGCAGCAGCAGCAGGCGGCGCCGCAUGCGUGGUACGUGCCGGAUCAGGCGCUGUCGCCGCCACCCCCUCCGGCACGUGUGCGAGUGUCCACGAUAGAAAGCAUGCUUCGAGAUUGGGAGAGGAAGCAUGUGGAAAACGAGCGCGUGCCCGAGCUGGAUACCUCGUGGCUUCGUGUGACGCCGAAGGACGAGGCCCUCGCGGCUCAUGUCAUGCAACAUGGGCGUGUCGAGUGGGCCCCCGAUGCUGGGUGGGACGAGGACGAUGCGAUGGCCUUGCAUGUGACGCCGCUCAUGCCCAAGCGCGCUCAUCACGCAUCCUUUCCUGUGCGCCGUAUCCGCGACUUGUUCGACUGGCGCACGACGGCGGUAUCGCAGCAGGGCCGGUCCCUGCCGGGCCAUGUAUAUACGCACUUGAUCGGCGAGGCAUGGGAUGCGACUUCCUGGGUCUGGACGCGGCGCAAGCCAUCGCACACGUUGCUGCUGCGCACCGCUCACCAAGUCGCGCGCGCCGCCUCGCGGAAACAUACCCACUACCCUGGCUACGACACGUCUGCCGGCCGGGCCUUGACGCUGGCAUCGCGGCGAUACCAGCAGCAUUGGCGGCACGUUCUCUCGCUAGAGCGCGCGCACCAUGAGCUGGAGCUGCAAGAACAGCGUGAGCAGCCGAUCCACGAGCUGGAAGCGCGGGGCCUCGCGAUCGAUAGGCUCAUGGCGUUUUGGCAGACAGAGCGGCACUUUGGGCGCCGCGUCGGUGUGUUCAAAUGGCCAGGCUCGCGACGAUUGCCACCACACAAGUUCCAGCCGGGUAGCGUGGUCGACGUGGCGCCCCGUGGGAGCCAGGAUUGGAUCCAAACCGAGGUCCUGGACGUCUCCCCUACGCGGAUUCGCGUGCGGUUCAGUGAGUCGCAUGAGCACCUAGAUUUGGCGGCGCAUGAGCAAUGGCGCAUGGACCGUGGCGAGCGCAAUGUCGUCGUGGAGCGCGAGGAUGCGGCGCUGGACGCCCUCCUCUAUGCGCCCAACGAUGUGGUGCGUGCCAUGACGCCAGAGAAGCGCUAUGCGCUAGCCGGCACAGAGCUACGCGACAUUCUCACGGGCCAGGCAUCCAGCAUGGGGGGCCUGUUUGUGAACGACAUGCGUAUUCGAAGCUGGUACGAGCGAUACGCUCGAGCGGAUCCGAUUGUGUUGGACGGCGAUCCCGACUUGGGGCUGAAUGCGAGUCAGCUGCGUGCCGUGGCCAUGAUGCUUCGCGAGCGUGUGAGCCUGGUACAAGGUCCCCCCGGCACAGGCAAGACACGCACACUUGUACAGACGGUGUCGCUGCUUAAGCAGCACUUUCAGGUACCGCACCCGAUUCUGCUAGCGGCUCAUACGAAUGUGGCCGUCGACAACCUGGCCGAAGGAUGCGUCCGAGCUGGUCUGCGCGUGGUACGAGCAGGCUCAUCCACAGCCGCCCGAGACAGCAUCAUACCGCACACGUACGAGGCCCAGUGCCAGCGGCACGCGUGUUAUGCGUCGUUGCAGGAGGCAGAAAAGGCGCUGCGCGAUGUGCAGGCCAAGCGUGAUGCGGUUUCCAUUUCACUGGACACGAGCGACGCAGUUCGACAGCAGUGGCAGCGCCUCAAGCGCCGCGCGACGCAGCUGACGGCCAAGUGCCAUGUACUCCGGCGCCGCAUUCAGGCGGAUGUGCUGCAUCAUGCCGAUGUCGUGUGUACCACAGCUAUUGCGGCUGGAUCGAAUCAGCUCUCGGCGAUCGAUUUUCCUAUCGUGUUUCUGGACGAGAGCUCGAUGGCGACCGAGCCCAUUGCACUGAUUCCCCUCAUGAAGGGGUGUGCACAGCUAGCGCUGGUGGGCGAUCACAAGCAGCUGCCACCCGUGCUGCACAGCACGGAUGCGCGAACCGCAGGCCUAUCUACGAGUCUGUUUGAGCGCCUUUUGCGUGGCAAGACCGUGCAUGGCACGGACGCGGCGCCGGUGCCGUCGACGAUGCUGGACGUGCAGUUCCGCAUGCAUCCAGCGCUCGCAUCGUUCCCGAACCAGGAGUUUUACGGAGGAGCGCUGUACGACGCACCCUCGACGCAUACGCUGCGGCCGUACGAGACGAUUUUUGGUGCGCGAGAUGCUCAAGAUCAUCCACUGCCGGUCACACUUGUGACGCACACGUCCGUGGCGCCGCAGUCGGACGCGGGCGUGUCGCCGUACAACCAGCCGCAGGCGGAUCUCGUGCUGGAAGUUGCAUGCGACUUGCUCGAGCGCAAUCCGACGCUGUGUGGCGCUGAUAUUGGUAUCGUGACGCCGUAUGAAGCGCAGGCGCGUCUUUUGCAAAAGAUGCUGGCGGCCGGAGCGCCGCUGGCCGCCGGCACAGAGCCAGCAGCAUGGACUUUGCCUCUUCUCAGUGAAGAUGCCGUGGAUACGCUCGCGAGGAUGGAUGUGCACCGUGCACGGCAACUCGCUGCGAUCGAGGUGCACACCGUCGACGGCUUUGAAGGCCGAGAAAAACCGGUGAUGAUCUUUAGCACGGUCAAGGCGAGCGGCGGGUCCCUUGAAGGCUCGGCGGCCCUGCUACAUGCAUGCAGGCGGCCGUCGCAGGACGCCGUGGCGCGCCUCGAGCAUGUGCGCGACACGCGCGGCGGCUACGUGGGCUUUUUGGCCGAUGCGCGGCGCAUGAAUGUGGCUCUGACACGUGCACAGCGGCAGUUGCUGAUUGUGGGCAACCUCGAGACGCUGCUGUGUGCGCGCCUGGGCGAGGGUGGCGCUGAGAACGUCGAGUGCCAUGACGUGCAUGUCAUCCGGCGGUACGCCCGCUGGCUCCUCGCCCAGGGCUACGUAGUCGACGUGGACGAUGUCCGGGAUAGGCAGUUGUUAGAACAGGCUAUCUAG